CAGAAGAGAACAAUUGGAUUGAAUCCAUUUCCUUAAGAGCCGCAGCCACACAAGGAAACCCCGCCCCUCUGUUCCUCACAAUUCCCAUUUUUGUUACAUUUUAGAGAUCAACAGAGGGAGAAAGAGGAGGGAAGCGAAGAGAAGAGAGGAUCGUUUUCUUUUUCUUCUCUCUUGGAAUCUGCCCGCAAAUUUCUUCUUAGAAUUCAUUUUCCCUGAUUUGGGAAUGCGGGUAGAUUUGGGUUUAGCUUAGUUUUCGAGAUACAAUAUCGAAUUGUUGGCUCUAGCCUCCCCCCUUUUGUGGGUAAUUAUUGUAAUCUUAAGCUUAGAAGAAGAAAAGAAAGAAAAAAAAAAGAAGAAAAAAGAGUUGGGAUUUUCUUGAUGGGGUUCUUGGUUGAUUCGAGCGAGGGAGGUGGACAGAGCUCAUGGAUUGGUCUCAAAGGAUUGAUGAGGAGGAAACAAGUUGAUUCUGCCCACUCAUCAUCUUCUUCUUCAUCAGGGCAUCAUCAGUUAGCCAGAGAGUUAUCUGUUCCUCACCUUAUUUCUAUAGGAGUUGGCGCUACUAUUGGAGCUGGAGUGUAUAUUCUUGUUGGAACUGUAGCCAGAGAGCAUUCUGGACCAGCCCUUGCCAUCUCCUUUCUAAUUGCUGGAAUAGCUGCAGCGCUUUCUGCAUUUUGCUAUGCUGAGCUCUCUAGUCGUUGUCCGUCUGCUGGGAGUGCCUAUCACUACUCAUACAUAUGUGUUGGAGAAGGUGUUGCUUGGUUGAUUGGUUGGGCUUUGAUACUGGAAUAUACGCUCGGUGGCUCAACUGUUGCACGUGGAAUAUCCCCAAAUUUGGCCUUGUUGUUUGGCGGAAAUGAUCGUUUGCCUGUCUUUCUAGCCCGGCAAACUCUACCCGGACUCGAUAUUGUUGUAGAUCCAUGUGCAGCAAUCUUAGUUUUGAUUGUCACUGCUCUAUUAUGUGUUGGAAUCAAGGAGAGUAUUGCAGCGCAAGCCGUUGUGACAGCAGCAAAUAUAUGUGCAAUGAUUUUUGUCAUUGUAGCUGGCUCUUAUAUCGGUUACAAGACGGGAUGGGUUGGAUAUCAACUUCCUACAGGGUAUUUUCCAUAUGGAGUAGAUGGGAUGCUUGCUGGGUCUGCUACUGUCUUCUUUGCUUAUAUUGGUUUCGAUGCUGUGGCUAGUACUGCUGAGGAGGUGAAAAAUCCACAACGGGAUUUGCCACUCGGGAUAGCCUCUUCGUUAUCUCUUUGUUGUGCAUUAUAUAUGCUGGUCUCUGUUGUCGUUGUUGGUCUGGUGCCUUAUUAUGAGAUGGAUCCUGACACCCCCAUCUCUUCUGCGUUUGCUGAGCAUGGAAUGCAAUGGGCAGCUUAUGUGGUGAGUGCUGGAGCUGUUACUGCACUGUGCUCAACAUUGAUGGGUUCUAUUCUCCCUCAGCCACGGAUCUUGAUGGCAAUGGCGAGAGAUGGGUUGCUGCCCUCUUUUUUCUCAGACGUCAACAAACACACUCAAGUUCCUGUCAAGAGCACCAUAGCAAGUGGUGUCGGUGCUGCAGGCUUGGCCUUUUUCAUGGAUGUUUCAGAGUUAGCAGGGAUGGUCAGUGUUGGUACCCUUCUUGCAUUUACCACAGUGGCAAUAUCAGUAUUGAUUCUCAGAUACAUUCCACCAAAUCAGGUGCCAUUGCCUUCAUCUCUUCCACAGUCAGUUGAUCCAUUGUCCCUACCGUAUCACACGAGUGUCAAUGAUGUUAAGGGGAAAGAUCCCGAGAUCCUUGUCGGUUCUGCAAAGGACAGUUCUAGACCUUUACUUGAGAAAGAGGAUGCAUUGGUUGACAUCCCCAUAAUUGGGAGCUACCUCGCUCGACGUGGCUAUGUUCUAAGUGAGAAGAAUCGAAGAAAAAUUGCGGGAUGGACCAUCUUUUUAACAUGCGUAGGGGCGCUACUUCUUACGUACGCAGCUACAAAUUUAAGCCUUCCAAGCUACCUACGAUAUUCAGUUAGCGGAGUUGGCGGUAUGCUUCUUUUAUCUGCUUUGGUUGUGCUCUCAUGCAUAGACCAAGAUGAUGCAAGGCACAGCUUUGGGCACGAAGGAGGAUUCAUCUGUCCAUUAGUUCCUCUGCUACCAAUUGUGUGUAUUCUCAUCAACACCUACUUGCUCAUCAAUCUCGGAGUUGGUACAUGGGCGCGAGUGUCGAUAUGGCUUGUGAUCGGAAUGGUCAUUUACGCAAUCUACGGCCGAACCCACAGCUCCCUACGGGACGUAGUGUACGUGCCUGUCGCCCAGGCCGAGAAGGUAAACAACUACUCAAGGGAGGUGCUGGCUUGACGGAUGGAUGUUUGUACAAAGAAUAGCAGAAGGCAAAAAGUUUGAAGCCAUCAAAGAGAUAGGUUUCAGCAUUGAUGGUGACAAAACUUUGCCAGAAGAAAGGUUUCAGAAGUUGAUUAUUAUUUGUUACCAUAUUGUAUUAUUAUUAUUAUAAUCAUCUAUGGAGACUAAUCAGUCUCUUUGUAUAAUGGGUUGGUUAUAGAAUUUUCUCAGUUUUUUUUUCUCUUCUGUGAAAGGAAGGAAUGGGAGGUUGUUCAAAGCAAAUGAUGUAAAUAUGAAGAACAUUUCAUUAUCUCUCCAUAUCUAUCUCUAUGUAUGUAUAGUACUUGUUCUUUUGUGAGUUCAA